AUGGACAGGAAUACCAAAGAAUACUCGCCAGUUUAUUCUGAUGAGAAUUUCACUUCCAGCCUUGACAAUGUGGAGAUUGGAUUAGCAACAGCGCAGGCGCAACGCGCAUUGCAAUUGCGCAAGCUCGGGUAUUGGGCUCUCCACACUGCGCUGAUAACCGUCUACACGAUGAUCUUUUUCGUUUCUAUGUUCUGGAGCAAACAAGCGACUGGUGUUUUCAGCCUGAUUGACUCGCCGCCGAGCACCAUUGGUGAAGAAACACACCUCGAAGUUUUCCCGAUCCAAGGGCCACCCCAUGGCAUAUAUACCGGAGAACCAAGACCUGAAGUAGACCAAGCAUGGAAAGACUUGUUGCAGUAUAAUAAUAUCAGAGUCUCGGAAGAUUGGGUGCGCCGUUGGGGUAGGGAUCAUGAAGCUGUUAAGCUACCUGACGGCGGCUAUCUUGGAAUGCUGAGCACCUUUCAUGAGCUUCACUGCAUUAAACGACUCUAUCAGACCCUGUCUCCAGAGUAUUAUUUCCCGAAUGCGACCGAACAAGAACUUGCGAUUAACCGAGAGCAUAACCAACAUUGUCUUGAGGUCCUUCGAAUGGGUGCGACCUGCCGUGGCGACAUUUCCAUCAUCACUCAUAUGUGGACUGAUAUUGACGCUCGACCCAUUGUCAACCAAACAGCGCCGCAUCAGUGCAUUGACUUUGACAAGGUCAUGGAGUACUCUCGGAUGAACACAGUCGACGUGUACCAAGAGAACUACAUUGUUCACCCUAAAUUUGGACCAUCAUUUCCCCAGGGAAAUAGCAUCAAGCCCUUUCAGGAACACAGAAUGGGACAUCAUCAGUAG